UAAUAAGGCUGAGGGGAAUUGUUGUAACCCGUGAAAAUUAGAAAACUGAAAAUGGGUGCGUUAUCUCUAUCUUCAUCUUCUUCCCUGCUCCGCCAUUUUCUUCCACCUAAACCUCCAUCUCUUCCUCCCAAUCUCUUAUUCAAACAAUCCCAUCCCCCUUCUUUUUCCUCAACUCCUCUCCACACUUUAUUCCGUUCCCUAUCUUCUUCAUCCCAAACUAAUUGUCAAGCACCUAUUGCUUCACUCACCUUAGAAACCCCCGAAAAUGUAGUUAUCAAAGAUGAUUCAGAAUUGAAUUCUAAGGAGACCCAGGUUGUCGAAGCUGCGAAAGAGGCAGUGGGUGAAGUGGACUGGGAUUCUUCGGAAAAAUAUCAAGAAUUGGUGGCUAAUUUGCCUAGUCUUUCUACCAAAGAGAAGAAGGAAUUGGCUUCUUAUGCACAUAGUUUGGGGAAAAAACUCAAGUCUCAGCAAGUGGGAAAGGGUGGGGUUACUGAUGCUGUUGCUACUGCUUUGGUUGAAACAUUGGAAGCUAAUGAGCUUCUUAAGGUUAAAAUACAUAGCAACUCUCCGUCAGAACUGGAUGAUGCUGUAAAGCAACUGGAAGGAGCAACUGGCUCUGUUGCAGUUGGUCGAAUCGGUCGGACUGUGAUUCUCUACAGGCCUAGCUUAACAAAGUUGAAGGCGGAGGAGAAAAAGCUUCAAGCUCGGAGAGUUUUCGUGCGAAGACAGCAGGCAUAUAGAUCCUCAUUGCAGAACAAAGCACAAGCCUUUGGGAAAUCUAGAGCAGAAGCUGCAGGACAAUCUGGUGCACGCCGAGGAAGGAGUCGUGCCUCACCAUCUUUAUAAUCUCAAGUAUUGCGGAGGAGACUAAAUUUUUAUGCUUGUUAUACUCAGCUUGAUCGCGGCGCUCAGUUAAUGCUUUCAGCCGGUAAAGUGCUUUAAAGAACUUUGCAAAUUGAGUUUACAAUUAUGCUUGUGUCAUGUAGUACUUGUGAAAAGUCACUUAUCCAACUCCAUAUAUGAAACCAAUGUUGUAUCGUGGUUGGAUAGUAUUUUGUAAUUGACUGCUUUCCUCUUAGAAUAGCCAUACAGAGAGUAGCAUAGUUUUCUUUUAAUGUACUUAUAUGCGCUUUUUGUAGCCAUUGCCACAUGUAUGCUGUUUCGAAUCAAACUACGGUUGGUUUCUUUCCUCAAUGUUGUUGUACCAGGAUUUUGACAUAAAUGCUAUAAUUUCCUGUUAUCUGAGAA